AUGAUUUAUUCAACCGUCAGUGCCGGUUUUUUUGUUGGAAACGGUUAUAAUAUUCCGUUUUGGCAUUCGUUUUGGAAGGAAGAGGGAAUUUUAAAGCUUUUGUAUCAUGUAUUGUUUUCUGUUUCUGAGUUGCAGGAUGUUUCUAUUGCUGCGGUGGGGGGAUGGCGUAAUGGCGUUUGGUCGUGGGGAAAUUUUGGAGUAUCGAACGAACAUCUGAGUGUCGGCCCCAUAGCUACAGAAAUGAUUCUGUUGCAGCAGCAUAUCAGUUCGGUGUCCCCAGUAUGCCAAGGCUUAGACAAUGUAGAAUGGGUUCAAAGUCUUGGUGGCAGAUUUACGGUAGCGGACUGUUUCAGAAGGAUUAAUAGCUUUCGCGUGAGGAGUGGCCCAAGGGAUCAAUUUGACGCGGCAAUGGAGUUGGUUUGGAGAAUAGAAGAUCCUCUUAAGGUGAAGGCGUUUGGAUGGAGGUGUUUCAUAAACAUUUUAUCGACUAAAGAUCAUCUCACACGCAAAGGUAUUCUGCCUAGUUCAAAUUCUUCCCGCGUCUUCUGCUCUGCUGUCGGUGAAUCGGCAUUGCACUCUUUGCUUUUCUGUCACGCUGCAGUGUUGGUUUGGAGAGACAUGGGUGAACGGAUUGGUCUCACUGGCCUUAGAGGGAUGAGCUUCAAGGAGAGUUUUUUUGUUUGGUUCAAUUUCUGUAAACAUAAUUAUGUUACGAAAGGCAAGGAAGGUGUGGUUUGGUUGGCCACGUGUUGGACUAUUUGGUUGGUUAGGAACGAUAUCGUUUUCAGAAAAGAAAAAUGGAACGUCUCGGAUAUGGUUUGGAGAGCAAAAGCUUUGGUGUGGAAGUGGGCUAGCAUAGAGAAAAUUGUUCAAUCCAAUUGCAACUUUUAUGAGUUUUCUAGAAAUCCUAUGUAUUACUUAUCUUAG